UUCUACCCACCAACACACAACCCACCAGCAGAAAUCAGAGAGAGACAUGGCUUCCGCAUCUGUCAUCUUAGCAGCCCUGUUUCUCUCACUAAACCUCCUUUUGUUUAGCUGUGACGCCUCCGCCGCUGCGUGUGGACCAGCAGCCACCCCAAAGCCCAGACACAAGCCCAAGCCCACGCCCUCGCCCUCUGCCCCGCCCCCUUCGGCUACGAAGCCGACGCACAAGCCCAAGCCCACGCCCUCGCCCUCUGCGCCGCCCCCUCCCGCUACAAAGCCAACGACCAAGCCCAAGCCCACACCCUCUGCGCCGCCCCCUCCCGCCACAAAGCCAACGAUCAAGCCCACUCCCUCUGCACCAACCUCUCCUUCCUCCUCCCCCCCAACUUCAUCUGGCAAGUGCCCCGUGGACACUCUCAAGUUGGGCGCCUGUGCUAACGUGCUUAGCGGCUUGGUAGACGUGGUGGUCGGCCCAGGCAGCAGCCAGUGCUGCACCCUCCUUCAGGGCCUGGCCGACGUCGACGCAGCGGCCUGCCUCUGCACUGUCAUCAAGGCCAACAUUCUCGGCAUCAACCUCAACGUCCCAGUCACCCUCAGCUUGCUCCUCAAUGCCUGUGGCAGGGUUCCCUCUGCCGACUACACCUGUGCCUGAGCUUGCCUGAUGCCACUUUGCAAUUCCUUGGUUUCUUUUACAUCACUCCACUUCCCUGAGUCAUUUCCUUUCUAACUUCUUCAAAGUUGUGAUCGUCUGUGAUUUGCAUGCUGGUAGUCAGGUCAAGUCCUUAGAUAGAUGUGUGCUGAGCUUCUCGUGGUAGACAUCGUUCUUUCAUGAAUAUGUCUUUUUUUAUUUAGUCGGCCUUUUUUGUUCACUCAUGAUCAUGAAAGAGCGUUGCUGAGUGCAAGUUUUUUCCUUUUCA